GAUUCAGAUCGAGCGGAGAACAGGAGGAUUUAAAUACCUCUAAGCGGGCGACCUGCUCAGCCCUUCGGGUGUGGGAGGGUGACUGUUUUGUGUCUUUGCUAGACCGGGGGAGCAGGGGGGUGGAGGAGGAGGAACGGAUAAUGAGCUAUUCUUGUACCAGCACAGGCAACAGCCAGGACCCAUCGAGCUCUAAGAAGUCCGGCGGCGUUAAUCCCAGUAGUUGCAGCAGUAGCAGCGGAGACACCGGCAACGGCAAGAACCGCCACAGCAUCCGCGGGAGCAAAGCGAACUCGAACCCUGAUUUAUCCGAGGCCAUGAAAGUCAAGAAGGGCUGCAACACGACAGACGUCGGGGUCCCCGUCACCACAGAGGAGGAAUUGCUUGCGAACAAAACGAUCACCCCGGAGGAUGUGCUGGGAUUGCAGAAGAUCACUGAAAAUUACCUCUGUGGUCCAGAUCAGAACAUACACAAGAUCGACUUCACCAGGUUCAAAAUCCGAGACAUGGAGACAGGCAUGGUUCUUUUUGAGAUCACCAAACCCCCUACAACAGAGAGUGGGGAGGACAGAACGGACUUUGACCAGAACGCAGGGCGCUUUGUGCGGUACCAGUUCACCCCCGCUUUCCUCCGACUACGCCAGGUUGGCGCCACGGUGGAGUUCACUGUAGGCGAUGUUCCCAUCAACAAUUUCCGAAUGAUCGAGAGGCACUAUUUCCGUGGGCAGCUGCUGAAGAGCUUCGACUUUGAGUUUGGUUUCUGCAUCCCGAGCAGUAAGAACACCUGUGAACACAUCUACGAGUUCCCGCCACUCUCUGAAGAAAUAAUGCGUGAAAUGAUCCUUCACCCCUACGAAACGCAAUCUGACAGCUUUUAUUUUGUGGACAACAAGCUCGUGAUGCACAAUAAGGCAGAUUAUUCUUACAAUGGUGGACCGUAGGAAGUCGUUUUCAAUUUUUUCAUUGACUUGCAACGGACCAGCAGAAGAACAUCUACUGAAAGUGGCAUCUAAGCAUCUAAUCUCACAUGUGAUGAUGCAUUUGGUUAAACAAAAAGCACCCCGAUCUCAGGAUUUCUGUGUGUGUGUGUGAGUGUGUGUGUGUGUGUGUGUGUGUGUGAGAUAGAGAGAAAGAAUGUCGCUCAGAACGGGCCAGUACUACAUUUUUCCUUGGAAUCGCAUAAAGUACACGAUAACUCUCUUUGAGAAUAUGAGUGUGCCUGUGCAUAUGUGCAUACAUUGCAUGCUCUGUUUUUUAUGUUUUUCAAAGCCCAAAGCCAAAUAAUUCUAAACAACUUUAUAUGUCCGUACAGUGAUUUUGCUUCUAAAGCAUAAACAGAUAAUCAAGUUGAGGGAGUUGGAGAUACGGUGACCAAUGCAGUGUGUAAAGGAAGGGAUGCUGUCAGGAACUGUGUAUUCUGCCCUGACAUUGCACCCACUUCCUGCUGGCCUCUACGGAAGGGCCCGGUUUUGUUUUAUUUUUCUCACUUUCUUUUUUGAAUGCUCAUAAUUUGGUCUAUGAUGUAAAUCUAUGUUAUUUAUAUUAAUAUGGUCUUAUUUAUAUCAACAUACAUUGUCACACAUAUUUUUAAUAGCAUCUUUUGUCAAAUAAUAGUGAUAUAUAUAUAUAUCUGUGUCAAUUGUUUUAUGUGAUUUAACAAAAAAGAGAAAAAUAAAAAGUUCCAA